AUGCCUGCGUUGGUCCAGGACGUCAAACCUCGGGGCCGGCUGCUCCUCAUCUCCAACCGCCUUCCCAUAACCAUAAAGCGCUCCGACGAUGGCACUUAUGAAUUCUCCAUGUCUUCAGGUGGGCUAGUGACGGGCCUCAGUGGCUUGUCCAAGACCACCACCUUCCAAUGGUACGGCUGGCCCGGAUUGGAGGUGCCCGAACCCGAAAUCCCUCAGAUGGUGAAGCGCUUGGAGGAGGAACACUCAGCUCAUCCGGUAUUCAUUGGAGAUGAAUUGGCGGAUCGACAUUACAAUGGUUUCUCAAAUUCUAUCCUUUGGCCGCUCUUCCAUUACCAUCCCGGAGAAAUCACAUUCGACGAGUCGGCCUGGGCUGCAUACACAGAGGUGAAUCGCCUAUUUGCAAAGACAGUGGCGAAGGAUGUGAAGGAUGGCGAUCUGAUCUGGGUGCAUGAUUAUCACUUGAUGCUGCUUCCCCAGAUGUUACGGGAAGAAAUUGGUACUAGCAAGAAGAAUGUCAAGAUUGGCUUCUUCCUACAUACGCCAUUCCCGAGCAGCGAGAUUUACAGAAUCUUGCCCGUUCGAGAAGCCUUGCUUAUUGGUGUCCUGCACUGCGAUGUCAUUGGAUUCCAUACGUACGACUAUGCGAGACAUUUCCUCAGCAGCUGCUCCAGAAUAUUAGGGACAUCAACAAAUCCUAAUGGCGUCGAGUUCAAUAAGAGAUAUGUCACGGUGGCCGCUUUCCCAAUUGGCAUCGAUCCGGAUAAGUUCGUCGAAGAGCUGAAGAAACAAUCGGUCCAAGACCGAAUCGCAGUUUUAGAACGGAAAUUCAAGGGCGUCAAACUCAUUGUGGGUGUCGAUCGACUUGAUUACAUCAAAGGUGUCCCACAAAAGCUCCACGCUCUCGAGGUCUUCCUGACAGAGCACCCGGAAUGGGUUGGGAAAAUCGUUCUCGUCCAAGUAGCGGUACCUAGUCGACAAGACGUCGAAGAAUAUCAAAAUCUCCGCGCAGUCGUCAACGAAUUGGUUGGUAGAAUCAAUGGUAAAUUCGGCACCGUGGAAUUCAUGCCCAUCCAUUUCCUUCACCAAUCCGUUCCCUUCGACGAGCUCACUGCCUUAUACGCCGUAUCCGACGCCUGCAUGGUAUCUUCCACCCGCGACGGCAUGAAUCUGGUCUCAUACGAAUACAUCGCCAGCCAACGUGCCCGCCACGGCGUCAUGAUCCUUUCCGAGUUCACCGGAGCCGCCCAAUCGCUCAACGGUGCUCUGAUCGUUAAUCCUUGGAACACCGAAGAACUCGCGGGCGCUAUCCACGAAGCGGUCACCAUGGAACCCGAGCGGCGUGAAGCCAACUACAAAAAGUUGGAGAAAUACGUUUUCAAGUUCACGAGUGCAUGGUGGGGCGAGUCGUUUGUAAGUGAAUUGGUGAGGAUUAGCGAGCACGCGCAGAAGAAGCGGAAGAAGUCGCUGCCGGAGAGCGUGGGUGGAGUUGUUAAAGGGGUUAAUGACCUUGUGGAGGGCGUUAAGGGGAUGGUUGUUGAGGGCGGAAAAGCUGAGGGGAAUAUCAACGCGUGA